GCCUUGGCUAACCUGGACCUUUCUAUGAAGACCAGGUUGGCCUUGAACUCAGAGAUCUGCCUGCCUCUUGACCCCCCUACACCCACACCCACACCCACUACUGGUAUUAAAGGCAUGGGCCACUACUGCCUGGAUAAAUUUAAAUUUUAAAUUAAUUAAAAAUUUUAUUCUCUUUAAAAAUAGGUUAUGGAUAUCACACUCAGGUCCUGUUUGCAAGCACUUUACCAAUUGAGAUGUCUCUCAGUCCAGUGGAAACUUUUUGGAAAAAUGACGUAAUGACACUUGUUAUUCAGGACCAUCCUCGGGGUUUGGCACUAGGGGAGAGAGACCUAGCUUGGUUCUGAGUUUAUAGUGACACAGCCAGGUGGGUGUUGAUGGAUGGAAAAUGACUAAGGGGAUUCUGGCUAAACUGGCCUAACAGAAUUGCUGAAGACAGUGAGUCAAUAUCCCCUGCAGGCUGGUAGAGGAUGAAAAAACCUCAUCAGACACUGCAGAUGAUCAACCAUCCCCAGCUCUUCCUAAACGGACUUGAGAAAACUCUUUGCUAAAACUGGAUUCUACAAGGACAUGCACGAUGGGACUGGAAGAGGGUUCAGGAGCCUGACAAGUUUGGCCAAGCAGAGACUCUUAUCAGUAGAUGAACUCCAAAGCAGAGGUGUUGCAGAAGUGAGAAUUCUUUUUCCUUCUUCCCAGAGAUCUCUUCUCUGCCAACUCCAAGUGCCUUGAGGAGGAGGCCCUGAAUCUCUCCAAAUUCCUUUUGCACAGUCUACUCUCAAAGGACGUUCUUUGAGAACACUACUCUGGCUCCACAGCUUAGCAUCCCAUUCCAAACCACUUGUCUAUUGUGUGCGGAACACACCUAUUGGUGUCUUGAGAGUCCUAUCUGGGAAGUACCCCAGUGUCUCAUCUCUGGCCUGCAUGACAACCCAGGGAAGUAGCCAUGAAGGACCCCUGCUGGUGGGGCCCCUUGCAGGAGAGAGUAGAUACCACUUACCUGGAGACAGAUCUACAAUCUGAGUCAGCAGAUUGACAUGCUUGAGGGUGUAUGAUUGAGGCAGAUGCAGUCUCACCUGGGAUCUGAUUCUAUUCUGUCUCAGAAUCCAUCUUACUCCAUUUACUUUUUUUUCUCCCAAUUUUUCUCUCUCUGGGCUUGUUCUCAGAAAUGACCGUUUGGAUCUCCAUUUCUUAAGAGACAGGUUGAGUUUGCCCCCAGCUGCUCUUGCUACUGGUGCCCACCCUCUCCUUCCAUUUCACCCAAGCUUUUAAGAGAUGCUUAUAUUUAUUGUUACAAUUUCUCUGCCUCCAUUCAUCCUUCCUCACUAUAGUUUGGCUUCUGGCCACACCACAUCAUUGAUACACGUCUUGCCAGUGACCUCGUUGCUAAAUGCAGUGGCUAUUUUGGGUCUUCAUCUUACUAAGAUGCAGCGUCUCAUCCUGUUGCCUACUCCGUUUUGGUUGAAACUGCUUUCUAGUCUGGCAUGAUGGUGCAGCCCUGUAAUGUCAGCACUCAGGAGAUUGAGGCAGGAGGAUGGCAAGAUUGAGGCUACAUAGUGAACUCCAGGACAACUUGGGCUAAAGAGGAAGACUGCUUGAAAAGGAAGUACUCUGUGGAUUUCCUCUUGCAGUGCUGGACACGGAACCCAGAGCCUGUGUGCAUUUCCUUCCCCAGUCCUUUGGAGCCCUCUUUCUUAACCUCUGUCUUUCACUUGUUGGCACACAGUGGCUGUGAACUGAACGCCCUGUUCUGCUAAGUGCUCCCAUCGUGAUGCUGCCACAAGCCUGAAGCAACGAGGCCAAAUGAGCAGCGUGGGAACUUUGAAACUGUGCGCCAGGACAAAUCUUUGCUGUUUCUAAGCUAUUUAUCCCAGUGUGGAAGGAUAGCUCUGGGGCUGCCACGUCUUCUGAGUCAUGGUGCGGUGGCUGUGGAAGGGGCUGGUAGGCGUCGGCCUCUUUGCCCUGGCUCAUGCUGCCUUUUCGGCUGCGCAGCACCAUUCUCAUACACGAGUGACAGAAAAGGGGUGUGAGCCGCUGCCAACAGACAUAGUUCUCCAAACACUUCUGGCCUUUGCAGUCACCUGUUAUGGUGUAGUUCAUACUGCAGGGGAGUUUAAAGACAGGGACGCCACUAAAGAACUAAAGAAUAAGACCUUUGACGCCUUACGGACUCGCCCCUCUUUUUACGUGUUUCGUCAUGCUGGCCGCGGACUGUUCCAGCCUUCGGAUACAACGCGUGCUUCAGACCUCAGCGGGUCAUCUUCUGACAUGCUGCUGAAGUUCUGAAGUCGGAAUCGCUGCACUGCUCAGCUUUUUACAAGUUAAGUAAUAGGACCGAAGCAGAAUUAAGUACUGGGAUUUGGAACGUAAGACACCAACUACACAUCAGUAUUUUUAUUGAUAUUUCAGACUUAAUUAAAAAAAAAAAAACUAUAACCCAAAACAACCCCCCCCCAA